AUGACUGAUGGUAGUGUGUUCCAAAGAAAUGAGAAGACUUCAGUCAGACAUAGAACUAAUCAAUACAAACGGCCAUUUAUCGAGCUUGCGAAUUUUGAUAACUCAGAUAUCACUCCAUCAGGAAAUGACAAGUGUGCUCUGAGAAAUUCCAAGCCCCAAUCAUCUGAGGUUUUAAGCACAACCGAUCUAAUUUCGGCUGUAGGAUAUGCCUGGGGUCGAGCCAGGAAGCCUCUUUCUUCACUUGUAUCCACCGGUAACUCCACAUGCAAACCUGAACUUAUUCAAGGAGAUGAUGGCCUACUUUACUGUUCUGCUGAUGGGGAAUCUCUUCUUACUUCUAACUCAGCCGAUGGUCAACCUUGCUCAAGCAAUUUGAACAGUAAAGCUACUUUUCCGAGAUUGGUGCAAGAAAAUCUUGAUAAUUUGAGAUUAAAUCAGAAGAUCAUAUGCCAUCAACCUAGCUAUGAUUUCUUUUCAUUCUGGAAGAUAGUCCUUGCAAGGCCGUAUCGUCUUUCAAAUACAGAAACACCACUUAACUUAGAAAGUACAUAUAGAUGGAUGGCUGAAAUAGCUCAUGCUAAGCAAAAGAAUGGUUUUAUUAAUAUUGAGAGCAGAAAAAGGACCAUUAACUCGUACAUAAGCGAGCUUUUGACAAACUCAGAUAGUGCCAGAGAGCCUACUGAUACAACUAGUUCAAUUGAUAGUUUUGAAGGUACAGACUUGAACGAGUGUACUAUUGGAUGCUCAGAAAGUACUAUGGUGAGUGACCAGAAUAUUGACAAGAUUGACUGUGAGAUAAUUGCGUUGAGGUGUGAUGUGGUCUCCCAAAAUACUAAUUUAGAAUCAGAUAGUCGCGAGUGUGAAAAUGACAUCAGCGGAAGUAGGGAAGGUCUGCAUGAGCACCAAAAUAAUCAAGAAGUUCCUACAUUAGUUGAAGCUGACUCGCCUAAGGUUGAAAUAAGUUUGUCGGCCAAGCAAAAGUCACCAUGUGGGCUUGCAAAGCAAGAGCAUGCUUUUGCAGGGGCAAUGGCUGGCAUAUUUGUAAGCCUUUGUCUUCAUCCAAUGGACACAAUUAAGACAGUUAUUCAAUCUUGCCGUGCAGAUCCGAAAAACCUUCACGACAUAGGCAGAUCCAUUGUUGCGGAGAGAGGUAUCACGGGGCUUUAUCGUGGCAUAUCAAGCAAUAUUUUGACGUCAGCUCCAAUUUCUGCAGUCUACACAUUCACGUAUGAAUCUGUUAAGAAAAGUUUGCUUCCUGUUGUUCCCAAGGAAUAUCAAUCUUUGGCUCAUUGCAUGGCAGGGGGUUGUGCAAGCAUUGCUACUUCAUUUAUUUUUACUCCAAGCGAGCGCAUAAAACAGCAGAUGCAGAUAGGCUCUCACUACCGGAACUGCUGGAAUGCCUUCAUACAGGUUGUUCAAAAAGGUGGCGUGCUCUCACUAUAUAAUGGAUGGGGAGCAGUACUCUGCAGAAAUGUUCCACAUUCUGUCAUCAAGUUUUACACUUAUGAAAGCCUGAAGCAAGUUGUAUUGCCAGGAAUGCCAGGAAUCGAAUCUAAUGCUCAAGCUAAUGUAUCUACGACGUUAGUUUGUGGAGGGUUAGCUGGAUCUAUGGCCUCGUUAUUCACAACUCCAUUUGAUGUUGUCAAGACAAGACUGCAAACUCAGAUUCCUGGAUCAAUGACCCCGUAUGGUGGAGUAUUCAACACUCUCACAAAAAUCGGGAGGCAAGAAGGUGUACAAGGUCUCUAUAGGGGGUUGACUCCAAGACUAGUCAUGUAUAUGAUUCAGGGAGCCCUAUUCUUUGCUUCCUAUGAAUCUUUCAAGAGAUUGUUCUCAUUGGAUGUCUCGCAACCAAUGUUGCAGCACAAGCACAAGUCAGAUGAUCCCGUGAUGUUUUCACCAACUGUUUCAGUCACAGCUUAA